UGUGGUGUGGUGUCGAGAGGGGAGAGUUUCGCGCGCAGAGGGACGAGUCUUUGUCGUGCACGGUCGGGCUGUAGAACCACGUCAGCCAUAUCAAGAGGAGCAGGACUAGUCGGGGUUGUAUGAAGACAGGAGGCCAGGAGAGCUUGGCGUCCUUCUCUGUGCUCGCUGACGUGGCCGCAUGUCUUUUCGUUUGAUGGCCUGUACCCUUCAUUCAUAGGACGGCCGGCGGCCGCGGCGCUUUCGGUUUUCGCGGUAUUCGUAUGCCGGGACUCCCUCCUUCCCCCUUUCUCUCUGCUGCCUUCGCCUCUCCGGAUCUCUUCCCGCCUUGCAGGCGGUAUUCUCUCUCGCCGUCGCGGACACUCUAGCACAGACUGCGGAGUAAGGAGUGCGGAGUACGCUCACACCCAGCACGCGGCUGGCUUGGCGAGAAGUGGAGGGGGGGGAGAGGGUGGUGCUGGGUGCCCUGCUUUUCCUCGCACCCGAUCUCCACUCUCGUUUCCACUCUCUUCCUCCCUUCCAGGCCCAGUGGAUUGGCCGAGUGGUGGUGGCGAAGACGACGACGGCGAGGAGCACGAAACAGAAGACGAGGAGGAGGAAGAAGAAGAAGAGGAGGAAGGGAGAGGAAGGGAAGCGCUCUAGGAUCAGAAUGAGUCUCGACGGGCGCAGCCAUGUCAAGAGGAAGAAGGGUGGGGAGCCUGAAUGAGAAUCCGCGCGGCAACCAUCGUUAGUGAAUUGAAGGAGAAUAGGCCUGGGGCGGGAGAGGAGGGGGGGGGGGGAAGGGGGGGGGGGGGAAAGGGGGGGGGGGGGAAGGGGGCUGCGCGUGCGCGGUAGGGGGAUAUCGUGUCAAGCGAGAUUGGAUAAGCAACGCCCUGGGGUCCUUCGUCAGAUAUCGCAGGUGCUCUGCGACGCAGGUGUAGUUCUCUUGUACUAGCUGCUCUUCCUCCAAGCCGGAGGAUGGCCGCGGCAUAUCCUUAUUACUAUGCCAAGCCGUGCCGAUCUGCUAUCUUGUUUGCUGUUAUCGCUCGGUUUUGCUUGUCGGCCUGAGCUUGUCCUUCUCUUCUUGUAAUUCCUGCCAUCCGUAGGAUUGAUUUGUAAGGCAGAGAACGCGCUGCUAACACUCUCUUUCUGUGUCUGGUAGGAUUGAUUAGUAAGGCAGAGAACGCGCUGCUAACACUCUCUUUCUGUGUCUGGCUUCACACGUGUGCCAUUCGUGUGUCUUCUCUCCCCGCGGUCACUCUCGCGCGCCUUUUCCACGUUCUGUGGUUUGCUCUCUGUUGAAAAAUAGGCCCCCUCUUCGCAUUGUUCCCUACACCGCACGCCCGUGGAGACCUAUCUUUCUUUGGGGGUCUCGGUAUUUACGAAUCAAAUUUGUGCUCUCCCCGUCCAUCACCUGGUCAUUGUGACUUUGGCUCGAUCUUCGUUUGUUCUUUUGCACGCAGUAACAUCGGGGACUGGUUUUCCGCACUAAGUUUUGAGUGAAUGAGCGCGUGUUUCCUAGCGAAGGCGACGACGGCGCGCGGUCUGUCAGUCCGCGCGUGCGUUCUGAGUGCUGCGUAGUGAGAGCUCUCGAGCCUCAGCGGCAGCAGCCGUUCCGAUUGCGAGCGGCGUACAGGAGGAGAAAGAGGUGGUGGUAGUGUUGAGGUUUGGGUGCUGUAGGGGGUGAGGGGGCUGGUUUGGGACACGAGGAGUCGGGGCAAGGAGGCGAUAUUUCCCUCGGCCCGUUUCCCACAAGAAGAAGGACGAGUUCGGCAGAGAAGCAGAAGUAGAGAGGGGUUCACAACCCCGUCCAUGGAAUAUUAUCUAUCAUCCUUGGGACAAUCUUCGCAGCCGGCUUUGGCAGCAAGGAGUUGUCACGGAACGGGAUACCUGGUCGGUUCGGAAGGGCAGACGGGAUCCCUGUUGCCCACCCGCAGCGAAUGGGGCUCAAGGCAGGCCAUCGCCACAGCAGCAGCAGCAUCAAACAACAGUCAAAGGACGUCGGCUCUCGGAUUUGAGGAAGGCGGGUGGAACUCCGAACCUGUCCUUCAACAGGAGCCAGGCGGGAUGGAAGGAGGGAGGGUGGUGGCGCCUCCGCCUCCUCCGCCUCCCCCUCCCCAUCCUCCCUUUCCUUCGUUAGCAAUUUACCCGGAGCGCCCGGGCGUUCAGGACUGCCCUUUUUACCUGCGGACAGGCACUUGUGGGUUUGGGCAGCAAUGUAAGUUCAACCAUCCACCCAAUGGUCGGGCGUCUGCCGCGGGGUAUCAGUCCUUCUCCACGAAAGGCAAGCUCGAGUAUCCAGAACGCCCCGGCCAGCCGGAAUGUCAGUACUACAUGAAGACGGGUACGUGCAAGUUCGGCGCCACUUGCAAGUAUCACCAUCCAUGCCUCAAGCUUGGUUCAAACCCCAACGCUUACCAACCGCCGCGCCCUCCGCUUAAUUCUCUGGGUUAUCCUUUGAGACCGGGCGAGAAGGAGUGCGCGUAUUAUAUGCGGAAUCGCGUGUGCAGGUUUGGCGUGACGUGCCGCUUUCAUCAUCCGCAACUACCGCCGACGAACGGCGCUGGUCUGAUGCAACCUCGUGCGGGACCUCUCCCGCACCCGCUUGUGAACCCGAGCCCUCCCCACUUGCCGUUCCAAAUGGGAUCCUUGCAGCCCUGGCAGGUGAGGUCGCUGACAACAGCCAGGUUCCCAGUCUUUCCGCACCAGCAAGUACAGUAUCUUCCCCCUCAUGGUUGCGCGCAUGGGAGCUCGGGCGUUGCCGCGGCUCCCUCGUCUUCACCUCCGCACGUGUUUUCGCAGCAUCCGCCGCAUCAGCAAGGCCCGCGACCGCCGCAGCACGCGAAUGCCAAUCCGUCGCAGCAGCAUAGCGUUCCAGGUCCUCCGUAUUACUACACCACGCCAGGAGGCCCAGGUUCCGCCGCCGGUCCAUUGAGUGAACAAAACGCAGCUGGAGGGAGUGGUGGCGGGAUGGCGACGGCUGUUCCGCCUUACUUCGCUGGACAUGGAACGCAUUUCAUGCCAUCGGUACCGUGCGGGCCGAUGGGUAUGGCCGCUCAGGCUGGCGGGCCCACAGCGGCAGCGGGGCAGGGAGGCACAGCAGGAGUCGGCGGGAUGGUCUAUCUGCAACAGACUAGGGAGUUUCCCGAGCGCCCGGGCCAGCCAGAAUGCACCUUCUACAUGAGGACCGGAGAUUGCAAGUACGGAAUGUCAUGUCGCUAUCAUCACCCCAAGGACAGGGGCGUGCCCGCUGCCCAGUGUGCUCUGAGCAGUAUGGGUCUUCCGCUUCGUCCCGGCCAGCCUCAAUGCAGCUUCUACACGCGUUAUGGGGUUUGCAAAUUCGGCCAUACCUGUAAAUUCGACCACCCGGUAGGUCUUGACUAUAGUCCCUCGGCAUCCUCUCUCGUCGAUCUGCCGGUUGCACCGGUGUCCUAUACAGGCGGAACAAGCCCGUUGGCGAACCAGUCAGGAGAUGGAAGGAAUGAGGCGGGUGAGAUGCAUUCUUCGACCUCACAGGAGAGGCAGCAGCAGCUUCUGAUCGGCGAGGGCGAUGAAGAAAGAGAGAAACAGGACGAAGACGGCUCCUCGCAAGUUGAGGAUAUGGGGGGGAAGAAGACAACUGGCGGUGGAAGCGCGACGGCGGAUGGAGGGGAAGCUGGAGGGCCACCAGUUGCUGCUCAGGCGAACGCUGCCGCGGUGGCGGGCGUCGUGAGCGGGCUCGGUGGUAACGGCGGCACCCACCAAAGCGCUGGUGGGGGAAUGUACUGCUCAUCGAUGACUGCGCAAACUGGAGGCAAUGGCUCUGGCUCGUCAACAGGGUAAGGAGAAUAAGAGGAAUAAAGCUUGUUGUUGUUGCCUCGACGAAGAGCUCUGCGAAGGGAUGAUAGUAUCCCGUCCAUGGUCCAUGGUGGAUGGUAAUUGGAAGGGAUUAGUUGGUGGAGGAGAUAGAGACUGGGAGUGAGGAGGAGGUACUAGGCGUAUGGCUUACGCAGCGUGGAGGCAACUCGGACAAGCCGACAGGUAUUGCAACCAUGCAUGCGUGCAUGCGGCAAUUCCUUGCUGAUAUAGAGGCGAAAGAGAGAAGGAAGGGGGCGCUAAAAGAGGGGACGGGCUUGGCAUCAGUCUGUUGAUGCCGUGUCGGUAGGUGGUUGCAGGUGAUGGAGGCGGGCGGGGGGGUUGCGGGGGGGUGGCGCCACUCCGCGGGAGCCGGGGGCAAAAGAGGCUAGCGAGUUUGGGGGUUUGGUUCCAGGAUGGCGUGGUGGCGGGGAGAAGCGCGGAUCUUAGGGGAGUACGGGCAGGGCAGAGAAGUGGAAGACUUGCUGGACUGGGCUGCACUUUGUGCCUAGGGAUUGUGGUGGAGGGUAUGGGCGGCGGUUCGGGGGGGGGCGGGGAGGUGGAGGAGAUGUCGCGAUGCGGCGUUUGCUGUAAAGCACUUUCUAACCAGUUUCCUUUCCCCGCGCCCGCGCGCCCGCCCGCCCGCCCGCCCGCCCUCCCGCCCACCCGUAUUCGGGUCGUAUUUCGUGUGUGAUUGGUUCGGCUUAGGUUUGGUAAACUGUGAACGGUGAGGAACAUAUCGGACCGCAUGGAUGGUUAGGUUGACUUGCUGGUGUGGCCUUAGUGGAUUACCUUGGGCCUGGCAUAAGGGAGGGCAGCGCAGUAGCAAGCCCCCUAUCGACUGAUUGUCUGUUGGUUGUUUGAUGGGUUGAUGGAUCAUUGAUCUCGGCGGGGGGACGCAAUUAUGACCACCCCCUUGGUUGUCGGAUUCAGAAUACCGAUGGAAGGUGAUUUAUGGGCUUGAGGGGUGACACACGGGGGGGAAAAGGGGGGGCUGGGGACGGGGAAACUAUUGCGAAUGUGAAGCGAACAGUGGUUGUGUGGGCUUGAGGAAUGGUGGUUAUGAUGGCCUGGUCUUUGUGGGGAAUCAUUGAGUUGUACACAUACCACGGCGGUAGGGCAAUUAAACCAUUCGCUGUUUUCGUUUGGCUUUGCAAUUCUCCUCUUGCUCUUGCCCGCUAUGCUCGACAGGAAUGUUUGCCGAUGACGAUGACAAUUGUGAUGAUCAUGGUGGUGGUUUCAUUACCGUCGUCAUCAUCAUCAGCAGCAUCGUCAUUGCCAUCACCACACUUUGUACUCUCAAUUUAAUGUAUCGUUGUGCUAUCCUCAUUCCAUUAUCGUGGUCGUAUUAACCACAUC